AUGACAAUUAAAUUUGUUUUAAAACACAACAGAGUAACAAAAACUCAGAGACUUUGGGUUGGGGCUUUCCUUUUCCACUGGUUUGGAGAAGAACAGAGAGAGAAGGAGGAGGAGGAGGAGGAGGAGAAGAAGACUAGAUCGAUUGAUGGUGGAGGAUUUGGGAAUUACGGCUUCGAGAACGGAGAAGAGAAGAGAAGAAUUAGACAGAGGAAGGAAAGGACGCAGAGAAACAAAGAGAAAGAGGAGUCGAAGAAAUGUGUGGAGGAGAGUAGGGGUCGAACUGAAAUUAAAUUAGAAUUAAUAAAACUCAUGUAUUAUUCGGUAUGGUAUGACACCAACCGGGAUCACAAAUGUGAAAUCGAUGUCGUGCCAAACAGUAACGGGAUGACAUGGUAUCAUCCCGUUUACACGUCAACACCAAACGGGACGGCACAAGAUUGGUACGGUUUGACACAGUUUUGGGAUGGUUUCGGUAUUCCGGUUUUGAUGCCCACCCCUAAUUGUGAUGUGUUGAAAUGUGAAGGAGGAGUGACCCUUUAUAGGCAUCCAAUACUCUCUUCGCUUCUGAGCGACUCUCUCUUUUUCUGCGUCUCUCUGAAUAUUGUGAGGACAGAGAAAAAAACAGUGGAACUGGAGAGGUGCGUGAAGGACUUCGUGGUGGAGAACAAGAAUCCUUCGGAGGAAACUAUUCGGAGAUGGAGAAAAGCCGUCGCGCUCGUCAAGAACUAUCUUAGGAAGUUCCGCUUAAUCGCCGAUCUCGCUAAGCUGUCCGUGGCCAAGAAGAAAAGUCAAAUUCAGGAAAAGAUUCACGUUGCUCUUUGCGUUCAGAAAGCAGCACUGCAGUUUAUUAAAGGACAGGAUGAAUACAAGCUGUCUGAAGAUGCCAGAACUGCAGGUUUGAGCAUUCACCCAGAUGAACUUGCAUCUAUCACGUGUGGCCAUGAUAUUAAGGCCUUGAAAAUGCAUGGUGCUGGUGAUCGAUCCAAUGAAAAGCCAGGACAGGAUGAAUACAAGCUGUAUGAAGAGGCCAGAACUGCAGGUUUCAGCAUUUACCCAGAUGAACUUGCAUCUAUCACGCGUGGCCGUGAUAUUAAGGCCUUGAAAAUGCAUGGUGGAAUUCAUGGGAUUUUAAGGAAAGUCUCUGUCUCGCUAGAUGAAGGUGUCAAGGAUAGUAACAUACCAAUCAGGCAAAAUGUUUAUGGCUUAAACCGCUAUACGGAGAAACCUCCCGCAACAUUUUUUAUGUUUGUAUGGGAAGCCAUACAAGACUUGACAUUAAUUAUCCUUCUGGUAUGUGCUGUGGUUUCAAUAGGAGUUGGAAUUGCCACUGAGGGGUGGCCAAAAGGCAUGGACGAUGGUGUGGGAAUUUUAAUUAGUAUAGUUUUAGUGGUUAUGGUUACUGCCAUUAGUGACUACAGACAGUCAUUGCAAUUCAAGGAUUUGGACAGGGAGAAGAAAAAGAUUUUCGUUCAGGUCACUAGGGAUAAAAAAAGACAAAAAGUUUCCAUUUAUGACUUGGUUGUUGGAGAUAUUGUCCAUUUGUCAAUUGGGGACCAAGUUCCAGCUGAUGGAUUUUUCAUAUCAGGAUACUCUUUGCUGAUUGAUGUGUCAAGCUUGUCAGGUGAGAAUGAGCCGGUGCAUGUAUAUGAAGAGAAGCCUUUUCUUCUUUCAGGAACUAGAGUGCAGGAUGGGUCAGGUAUAAUGCUGGUGACAACAGUUGGUAUGAGAACUGAACGGGGAAAGUUGAUGGAAACUCUGAGUGAAGGAGAAGAAGGUGAGACCCCACUGCAGGUAAAGCUGAAUGAUGUUGCUAGAAAGAUUGGUAAAAUUGGUCUGACUUUUGCUGUGUUGACAUUUUUGGUAUUGGCAGUAAGAUUUUUGGUGGAAAAAAUACUUAACAACGAGAUCACUGAUUGGUCUUCAACCGAUGCAGUAAUCCUAUUGAACUACUUUGCUAUUGCGGUAACUAUAAUUGUUGUUGCAGUUCCCGAAGGAUUACUAUUGGCAGCAACGCUGAGCCUUGCUUUUGCUAUGAAAAAAUUAAUGAAUGAUAGGGCACUCGUAAGGCAUCUCUCAGCAUGUGAGACAAUGGGUUCUGCUAAUUGCAUUUGCACAGAUAAAACAGGGACAUUAACCACAAACCACAUGGUAGUUAACAAGAUAUGGAUAUCUGAAAAUCUUUUAGAUGUAAGAGGUAAUGAGAGUAGAGAAAUAUUGAGAUCAGAAAUAUCUGGAGCAUCAAGCAUCCUGUUACAGGUUAUAUUCCAAAAUACAAGCUCUCAGGUUAUUAAGGAAGAUGGAAAGAACUCCAUUUUGGGGACACCAACAGAGUCAGCAUUAUUAGAAUUUGGUUUACUUUUGGGUGGCGAUUUUGAUGCCGUGCGCAGAGAGGUUAAUAUUCUUAAGGUUGAACCUUUCAAUUCUGUGAGGAAGAAAAUGUCUGUGCUUGUAGCUCAUCCUCAUGGUGGGAAACGAGCCUUUUGCAAAGGUGCAUCAGAAAUAGUACUGGGAAUGUGUAACAAAUUUAUUGACUUUAAUGGAGAAUCUGUUAUUCUCUCCUUAGAACAGGUAAAGAUUAUCACGGAUGUCAUUAAUUCUUUUGCUUCUGAAGCCUUGAGAACUCUCUGCUUGGCUUUCAAAAAUAUAGAUGACUCUUCCAUCGAAAAUGACAUCCCAGAUGAUGGCUAUACAUUGAUAGCAGUUGUUGGUAUCAAGGAUCCUGUGCGCCCUGGGGUCAAGGAUGCAGUUCAAACUUGUUUAGCUGCUGGAAUAACAGUACGAAUGGUCACUGGUGACAAUUUAAAUACGGCUAAAGCCAUAGCUAAAGAAUGUGGCAUACUCACAAAAGAUGGUUUAGCCAUAGAAGGACAGGAGUUUCGUAACAUGUCUCUUGAGCAGAAGAAAGCUGUUAUACCGAGAAUUCAGGUGAUGGCUCAGUCUUUACCGUUGGAUAAGCACACCUUGGUAAAAACUCUGAAAGAUGAAGAGGUAGUUGCAGUGACUGGCGAUGGGACCAAUGACGCUCCUGCUUUGCACGAGGCAGACAUUGGACUUGCUAUGGGCAUAGCAGGAACAGAGGUUGCCAAGGAAAGUGCUGAUGUCAUCAUAUUGGAUGACAAUUUUAAGACUAUAGUAAAUGUGGCCAGAUGGGGACGUUCAGUGUACGUAAACAUUCAAAAGUUUGUGCAGUUCCAGUUGACAGUUAACGUUGUUGCUGUAAUAAUCAAUUUUGUUUCUGCAUGUGUCUCAGGAUCUGCUCCCCUUACCCCUGUGCAAUUGCUUUGGGUCAACAUGAUUAUGGACCCUCUUGGGGCAUUGGCACUGGCAACAGAGCCUCCAAAUGAUGGACUUAUGAAAAGGCCCCCUGUUGGGAGGGGUUCAAGCUUCAUAACCAAGGCCAUGUGGUGGAAUAUCAUUGGUCAGAGUUUCUAUCAACUGAUUGUCCUUGGAGUUCUCAAUUUCUAUGGGAAACAGCUACUUGGACUUUCUGGUUCAGAUGCAACUGAAGUUCUAGACACUGUGAUAUUCAACGCAUUUGUGUUUUGCCAGGUGUUUAAUGAGAUAAACUGCCGUGACAUAGAGAAGAUAAACAUAUUCAUGGGCAUGUUUGACAGCCAGGUAUUCCUAGGCGUCUUGGUUUGCACAGUGGCCUUCCAAGUUAUUAUAGUAGAGUUCUUGGGAGCUUUUGCUAGCACUGUUCCACUAAGCUGGCAACUAUGGUUACUCUGCAUUUUACUUGGAUCAGUUAGCAUGCUUGUUGCAGUUGUGCUCAAGAACCCUCGCAUGAGGUUCCGCUUUGUCGUCGAUCUCGAUAAGCUGUCCGAGGCCGACAAGAACAGUCAAAACCUGGUUUCUUUCUCUCUCUCUCUCAGCUUAUGCAGUUUUUACGUUUUUGUUUUCAUUUCGUUAAAAAAAUAUGAACACGCUGCUGUUUAUAGAGCUUUUGCUGGCCUGAUUGUUUGGUUACCGAGAAAAAUAGGGUAGGAAAACAAAAGAAAUUAAAACGAUUUUCAGCAUUUUAAUUUGAGUAAUUUGGACUGCUAAAAA